UUGACAACUUGAUUCAGUUUUCUUCACUUCACUGCCGAAGCAAAGUUGGUACUUUGCAAAUUUUCACUGCGGAACCGCAAAUCUCGAGCUUUUCACACAGUUUCUAAUUAAAUAGGACAUCAGUUUCCACACGCAACGUUACUAGAAGCAUACAAAUUCCCUAGCCGCGCUCAGCCAUGUCCAAUAUAGAUAUUGUUCAACCACUGUGGGAUUUGAACACGUUUUCCGGGCGCCUGAAGCAUUAUUUCUGGAUAACUGACCCACGCACAUGUUUCGCUACUGACGAUGAGCUUGACCGAGCGAAAGAACUGUACCAGAGCAUCAAAGCUGGCACUACGCCACAGAACACAACGAUUGAGCAAAUACACUAUGCGAAAAAGCUGUACGAGAGUGCAUUCCAUCCGGACAGUGGCGAAAAGCAGAACGUGUUCGGGCGCAUGAGCUUUCAAAUGCCGGGUGGUAUGGCCAUAACGGGUGCCAUGCUGCAGUGGUACAAGACAACGACGGGAGUGGUCUUCUGGCAGUGGGUCAAUCAAUCGUUCAACGCACUGGUCAAUUAUACGAACCGUAACGCAAAUUCGGACCUCUCGACCACGCAACUGGUGGUUGCGUAUGCAUCUGCGACAACUUCCGCUCUGGUGGCUGCCGUUGGCUACAAAGGCUACCUGCAGAAGCGUGCCAGUCCGCUGUUUCAACGUUACGUUCCGUUUGUGGCGGUGGCGGCCGCCAACUGCAUCAACAUCCCGUUGAUGCGUCAAAACGAAUUGCUGCACGGUAUUAGCAUCGAAGACGAAAAUGGCAAUGUCGUCGGUGCCAGCAGGGUUGCCGCUGGCAAAGGAAUCGCACAAGUUAUUUUCUCGCGCAUUGCCAUGUGUGCACCCGGGAUGCUGAUUUUGCCGGUGAUCAUGGAGCGAUUGGAGCAAUAUCACACAUUCAAAAGGCUCGCGGUUCUUCACGCACCAUUCCAGGUCAUGGUUGUCGGUUGUUUCCUAACCGUUAUGGUGCCCGUUGCUUGCUCACUGUUUCCGCAGAAAGCCGAACUGAACACGCGUCUGAUGGAGCUGCUCGAGCCGGACUUUUACGCCGAUAUGCGCAAAAAACACGACCAGCUACCGGCGGUAGUGUAUUUCAACAAGGGACUGUAAAGCCGACCGCCGCGGCACUACGUGUAGCGUUGUGAUUUGCUUUGCCAGGUGCACGCACAAAGCACUAUGGACUCUAGUGUGCUAGUUCUUAAGGUUCUCAUAUAUCCCACGGCAGCAAAACGGGGCGUGUGUGAUGCAAAAAAGAAUACAAUAAACUGACGGCACCGUUCGGUAG